AUAGUCGUCUUUGUGACUUCUUUAAUAUUGAUCAAAGCUCUGCGGAAAGAAUAUGAAAAGAAAAUGGUGCCAUGGCUGUAUAGCUUUGCCAUUUUUACUCUUUUCCGAUUCUUUGCUUUUAUAUUCUUCAGCAUUGUAAACGACAUGAUAUUCGCCUACAAUAUCUUGAUGUGUCUUCUAUGGAUAGCAUUUAUUUGCAUUUCUGCAUACGGUUGGCUUCUCGUAUAUUCUUUAUAUCUCGAAUUACACGAUCUAACAAGAUUAGAAGAUCUGGCUCAUCUACGGAUUGGUACAAUGCAGUCUCUAAAUGCAUCAACGACACAUUCCAUUGCUGGCUCUCGACCUACAACGCCUCAUAGCGCAGUAUCGACUAUGCCUGUUAAUUAAUAAUAUAUACACGAUACAUAUAUAGUUUUAUA